AUGUCCAAAGUAUUGCCUCAUAACGAGCCAUCAUUGAGUGACAACAAUGAACCAAACACUGUCCUAAAAGAUACAGGCAUUUUCGACUCUAACAAUGAAGAGAAUUCUCACUUGUUGAAUGAUGAACGCUCAUCCAAAUUCAGCUCUAAAAAGGGAGGAUUGUUGUCAUUUAAAGCAUUUGUAGUGUGUUCCAUUAUCCUUCUCGUUGUAUUGAGCUCGGUAGCUACCUAUUUGUCUGUUUUCAUUGGGUUGUACACUUCGAUUGAUACCAUGACCUCAAUGGUCGUGGCCAAUGUGAUGGACAAGAUUGAACUCCAUCUCAAUAUUGUUCUUGGAAGAAUGAGUACCAUGAGUAGAAUUGCUGCCGAGCAUUACAGUUAUGGACUUGUCACUUUACCCUAUUAUAGAGAAUACUUUUUCACCGCGUACAAAUUGUACGGCAUUUUCUUGGGUUAUGGAUUUCCUUAUCCUUCUGAACGAUAUAAUUACAUUUGGAUUGGAAAGGAUUUUAUGUACACAGCACAAGCUCCAGGAGCUCUUACUACUCGAGAUUUAGUCAACAGUACCACAGGCCAAGUCAUUAAAUACAAUGUGUCCACAGAGACAAGUCCCUUCAGCGUCCUCAAGAAGACAGAUUAUUUUACGUACUAUGUGGAGGAAACUGCCAAGAUUCCAGGCAAUCCUGAAGGUGUUUUUGGCCAAUUGUAUUAUCCAGUGAAUGGAUCUCUUUCAUUUCAGUAUGGAUCAAAAUUGUACGAUCCAGUUCAGUUCAAGUUAGGGAAAAAAGUCAUCAAAGGAGCGUGUCGAUGUUCCAUUCCACUCUUUCUAUUGACCGAUUUCCUCGAACCUCUCAAAGUAUUUGAACGUGGUUAUGUACUUCUCACUGAGGAAGGAAGUACGAUGGCAGUGGCUGGAUCGAUCAAUACCACGACGGCAGAUCUCAAAUCCACACUUUCCAUUUUCAAUAUUACAGAUCGAAAUGCUGGUCAAUUAAUGAAAGACAUUCAAAAUGUCUAUGGUUUUGAUAAGAUGCCCCCGAAAUUGAAAAUUACAAGUCUUGGUGUGAAUUAUAUUGUCACUUCCAAACUCUACACCAUGGAGAAUGUCAAAUGGAGAAUUUUUGUGGUCGUCUAUGAAGAUGAUGUGAGUUUAACAACCAAUAUUAGUAUUGGUGUUUCCAUUUCAGCUGUAGUAAUCAUUGUAGCAUUGAGUAUUUUGUACAGUAUUGGAUUGAGUCAUAUUGUCACGGGUCCAAUUUCACAUCUCAAACAACAAUUUCAAUUUAUCAAAGUAUUCGAUUUGGAUCAAGUUUGUUUCAAAAAUUCUCUCUUCAAGGAAAUGAACGAAAUUUAUUGCUCCCUCUUCCACACCACUCAAUGGUUGAAAGAAAUCAAAUCCUUUGUUCCAGAGAAUGUGUUCUUACAACUACAGAGCGAUCAGAAUGAGAAUAAUUCACACAAGCAAGAGACAACUGUCAAUGAACCAAAGAAUAAGAAAGGAACAACCGCACAACAACAUGUCACAGCAUCCUCUUCACACGAUGAUGGAAUGUCUAACAAUGAACUCUCCAGUCAUCAAUCGUCCUCUCGACACCAUCAAUCCAUGGGCAGUAGAAGAAGUUUGGAAACUGGAAGUGGCCUGUCAGAUGCCAUGAAUUUAUUCAAGAUGGGACUUACUUCCAAGCAGUGCACGGUGGUUUACAUUUUGUUGCCAGAAUAUUUCUUAAUGAAUUCUCAAUCUGAAAUAACACAUUCCUUCCCACGAAUUCUCUCUUACAUUGGAACCAUUUCCAAAUUAGUGAAAGGCGAUUUGCAAAUUAUUGCAAACGAUGAAUUUCGUAUUGUCAUUGAACACAAGAAUCAAGGAAAGAGUUCUGCUACCCUCGCACAAGAAUGCGCUCUAAAAAUCAAAACAGCUCUUGACACGUUAGAAAACAUGAUCAAAAAGAAAACACAAUUAUUCAGUAUUGGAAUUUCAUCAGACAGUAAGGCCUAUAUUGGAAAUUUAGGAACUAAAAAUCAAAGAUAUUAUUCCAUUGUUUCCAAUGCUUCGUUUGCAGCAAAGAAUUUAGCUCUCAUGGCUCACAAGGAAAAUAUCAAAAUUUUAAUUGAUGAAGAAACACAAAGUCAAACUUCUCAACAAUUUGUCACAAGGCCCAUCAGUCGAAUUUUGAAUGAACAAUAUGUACAAUCAUGCUCUCCAAAGAUUUUCACUGCUUACUACCUGAUUCGUGACAGUGUUAUAGAAAACGAUGAAUGGCUCUAUGAACUUGAAAAAGCAAAUGAAAAUAAGAGUAUUCAGGGAAUGCAUGAACAUUUUAAUGCCUUGUUCCAAAACAAUCAUGGAGAAAAUCUUUCACAAGAACAAUUUGUAGAACAUGUUUCACGAGGAGUUGGAGAUUUGAAGAAGUAUGUUGCUUCUCACGAGAAUGAUGAAUUGUCGAUGAACAUUCUUGAAUUGUUUGAACAUUUGCAAAAAGAAAUUGAUUAUAAGAAGGACAUCACAGCUCUUAUUAACAAGGUUAAGGAGUAUCAUGUGAAAGUUCAAAGAUCUUUAAUUUACUCUUCGUCUGGUUUGAUUCAAUAA